AUGGUGCUCAGUGAGGAGCUUCAAGGUCUCUCCACAGCCAUCGGAAUGCUUCCGACAACAUCGCAGCAAAUUCUUGAUGGCAUUGUGUCGAAUCAUCAUCAAGAAGACACGUCGACGUCUUCAACAUCGUCGAGUACACCAUCGCCUUCGCAAGAUUCCGCCGUCCUAGAUUCCGAUUUUGAUUUCACCAGAGUUUUACAGGCGCUAAACAAUCCAAACUCGGCUAGCCUCGCUCUCUCAUUUCUGCUCAACAACAAAACGCCGCAGGUCGCCAAGGAAAAGGAAAAAGUGUACAAGCCGAGGAACACACGAAUGAAAGUCUACGCCCAAGGCUAUUUCAUGACAUUUGAUAAGGAAUCGUCGUGUGGAAAAAAACAUUUUUGGCGAUGCGAGCGGAAAAAUGAGUGCCCGGCGCGAAUGCACACCGAAGUUAAUCAAAAUGUGAUCCUCAAGAUGAUUCAUGAGCACAAUCAUCAAAAACCCACUGAAGCGGAAUUGGCAUUCUACAAUUUGGAUAUCAAAGGAGCCGAUCCAAACGCAGUGAUUCCAGUGAACACAGUGUCUCGAGCGAUAUUCAAAUUUCGCCGAAUGUCCAAAGCUGAAGACGAUUCGGAUUCUCAUUCGCACGGCUCGGCAGAAGGUCAAGACGAGCCAAGAAUGAAACCAUCAAAUGGUGUUCUUCCUCAGUUGCUCCAGAAAGCCACAUCAGCUGCCUCAUCGUCAAUCGCAUGCACUUCCAGCGCCUUCACUGCCGUUGAGCCUCGCGUGAAAACCGAAGUGCCCGAUGAUUUCGUUCCAGUGAAGCCGACGCCACGUAAGAGAAAACACGCCGAAAUUGUGCCGGCAGCCGAGAUUGACCUUAUCGAAAUCUACGAAUCGGCAAAGAAGCUCGUCAAGCUUAUUGCCAAGUGCGCACGCAUUCCCGAUGAAGCUGAAGAGUUGAACCACGAACAACGAACGCCCGACUUGACGUUGUAUGUCACAAUGGCCGGAGAUUCGGAUGAUGGAGAAGUCACCUAUCAUCCAAUCGAGCUUCACCACAAAACCGACAAGUGCUUGAAGAAGGAGCUCGAGAAGUUCGUUGGAUUCGAAUGUCCCAACAACAUUUUGCUCUCAGUUUCAUCGAAAAUCAAUGUAGUCAUUAAUGAUACGAUGAUUAACAGCUGGACAAACUCAAAAUUCUUUAAAAUCGAUGUCACUAAACAAUCAUGGAAGCUUGCUCAAGUCACCGACGCCACCAUGUAA